AUUGCUUUUUAUUGGCAAAAAAGAGCAAGUUACCAGGUGUUUAGAGCAAUUAAAAAACUCGCCGUUAUUUAUACUUCGGUAUUAUAAACCUGCUUAUCUUCCCGAUGAAGUCCAUCCAACAUGCACAUAGUCUUCUACGGCGUCGUUUUGCUUUGCGCUGUUUCCAAAACUCUCUGUUAUUUGGAUGAAAAUGAAGAAAAGUUGCCAACGAAAUGCCAUGUCUGUAAGCACUUGGCUCGCGAGAUGUCAGAGGCGCUGUCCGUGUCCGGUAGAUCACGUGAAGUCCUUCAGCUGGGUCAAGUAUUCCAGGAAGAGCCUAAAAAGAUCAACUACAGAAAAUCGGAACUGAGAUUGACCGAAGCUCUGGAAGAAGCCUGCUCAAAUGUCUUGGACUACAAAGUACAUAAGGAUAAGCCUCUAGCUCAGAGAUAUGAGAAAGUUGAGAGUGUAACCUUCAAGACCCUCAAAGGGUUGAAGAAGAGAGGUGUGAAGGUGGACCUAGGAUUCCCUGAUCAGAUGUGGGACACCCCUGACGCAGAAGUCACAAGACUUAAAAACAGGUGUGAAUACAUGGUGGAGCAGCAUGAAGAUGACAUCACUGAGUGGUACUGGAAUCAUCCGGACGAAAACCUGACACAAUGGCUAUGUAUCGAACGGGUCUUAAAUUCCCAUGAAACAGAUUGUCUGGAGGGAAACCAAAAUAAAGAAGUAUCAGCCGCCGGAAGUGGCAUGGAAAAAAAAUCUGAUAAAGAAAAGGGAGAGAUGGACGAGAAAAAGGUAAACAAAGAUCGCAAAGUAAAAGAUGGUGCACAGAAGAAAAGUAAAAAAAUGAAAAAGAGCUCAAGAGAAAAUAAGAUGAAUAAAAAAGAUCGUGGCGAAAGCGAUUCUGAGAAAAUUCAAAGGUUGAUUCGAGAACAAACCGAGCAACAGGCGAAAAGAUUCGGAGAACAGCCGGAAAUGGGCAAACUUACAAAGGCAAAGCGCGACCAAUUAAGAAAGCGCCUUUCUGCAUUUUUCCACACCAAGGGGUUUCGGGCAAAACUUCGGGAAAUUCGUCAGGAGCUAUCGGAUGACGAAUACUUUCCAACGCAGCCAUGGAUAGAAAAUCUGGACGCAAAAUACCACGACGAAGUGAUUAGUCACAUGCGCCGACAUGCUUACGAGCGUAUCACGACGCCCGAAGAGUUCCGAAGGGAGGUCGAGCUCCGUAUGGCGAGUACCGGGUUGCUAAAGGAACAUUCCGAGGUGCAGAAAUUAGGCAAUGUCUUCCUGGAAGAGGCGAGCACUGUCCGAGAUCCGAAUGAAAUCCGAGAUCGGCUAAAGGACCUCGACGCUCUGUCGGCUAUUCUCGGAAAAUCAAAUGGAAUUCACGAGGAACUCUGACUACCGACCACCAGCGAUGACGCAUUAAGGACGCAAUAAGGACGUAUUUAGGGAUAAUACUCGCUCGUGCCGACACGUUUGUGUAACUGUGACUGAAAUUGUGUUACCGUGACUGAAAUUGCAAGACCGUUACUAAUAUUAAAUGAAACUUCAUUCCGUGAAACUGCUUGACACAGAAUGUGAUGUUGUGACUGUUACAUGACAAACCGCCAGACGAACCUAGUAAAACCACCAGACGAUAGUAAAACUGCCAGACAAACUCAGUAAAACCGCCCGACGAACCUAGUAAAAUCGCUAGACGAACCUUGUAAAACCACCUAACGAACCUUGUAAAACCGCCUGACGAGCCCCGUUAAACCGCCAGACGAAUAUUGUAAAACUGCAUGACGAACCUUGUAGAACCGCCUGACGAGUCCCGUUAAACCGCCAGACGAACCUUGUAAUACCGCCUGACGAGCUUCGUAAAACCGCCAGACGAACCUACUAAAGCCGCCUAACGAGCUCAGUAAAACCGCUAGACUAACCCGGUAAAAUUCCAGACUAGCGUGAUAAAACCGCUGGACUAACCAAGUAAAACUGCCAGAACCUUAAUGAUUGUAAAACGUAAUCGCGUAGAUCUGUUUUUUUUUUUAAUUUAUUAAUUUUUUACCAAAAGAUGUAGAUCUGAGAUAUACAAUAACGAAAGUUAUAUAUUAAGAUUGAUUUGGUUCGUUUAGGUAAUAGGUAGCAUAGGAAAGGUAUUAAAACGUUCUAAAAUUGAUAUUUAUUAAAGAUUGAUAUUAUUAUCA